AAAAAGUCAUUUCUGAAAGGUUUUGGAAUUAUAGGGGAGGAGCAUUCAGUGACACGGAAAGUAUCAACUAAAGGGCGCGCCACGCAACGCAAAUUUUGUCACGGACAACAUGGCUCGCCAAUUACGGGGAAGACGCAAACCACAUGGCUACUUGCCCUCCGCCUGAUGUGGUGAAAAAAAUGGGCGUGUAUUUUGUUAGUUAUGAUUAAUUAUGAUCUCACACAUUUAAUUUCGUCCGUGACUGUGUCGUAACCGCUGUUGUGGGUUCAAAGAGUAGAAUUUUGAUUUUUUUCUGAAGAUCUCGUGGUGAAGGUAACAGUUCAUUCAGUUGAUUGUCACGAGUUUAUAAACGCUAAAGAUCCUUCAAACAAUUACACGUCUCGCAAAGUUAAAGUUACAUCUGUGUCACCAUCACGAGUUGUUUUUGCAACGUCGUCUCGGAGUCUCGACUGCUUUUGAAAGGUUCAGAACUGAAUUCUCGGGCUCGGAGAGAAAAACUAUUCCGAACUUCCGGAAGUCUCCGGAAGUGCUUGUGAACCUCACCAUAGUAAAUGUUCGUGGGCUCACAAUCAGCCUUCGAACUCUGACAGUCGACAGACAGUACAUUCAGCUCACACUGACAUCCAUCUCAAAGACGAAGGAGGUGCGAAGGAAUUCAGCGCGUGGAAGGCAAUGUUCUCCCUUUUGUGGCUUUUCUAUGUCUUCUUGAUAAGUGCAGUAGUUGCAUUUUUCACCUAUGCGCUGUUCUUUCGAAAGGGAAAUCUUCAAGAUUCAAUAUCUGCACAGGAUAAAGUAAAAUUCAUAAAGAAGCAUGUCCCACCCACUGCAUCCAAAGGCUGGCAUCUCAACAGAGUCGACAGUGGCUUACGAGUAUGGCAAAAGAACUUGGGAAGCACUGCACCCCCCUGGGUACCAGCAAUAAUUUAUGGAUGUUCUGGAAUCAUUCCAGCGUCCCAGCGGGAAGUUAUAAAUAUCCUAAAAGAGCCUGGUCUGUUGUUGGAGUGGGAUCCACUAGUAAAGGAUGUGUCAAAAGUUACAAUGGCAACUACUCAAGAUGUUAUCUCAAUCUCAUUUAACUACACAAGUAUCAUAGCAAGGACUGUCUGCUACUUACGUGAGUGUUUUGGUGGAGAGAUAAAUGCAGUUUAUUCAAGACACUGGGAUAUAGAUACAAAGUCAGGAUCCCAAGCCUGGUUUAUGAGUUCAUUCAUUGAGCAAGUUAUUCCAGCAGAAGGAGCUUUAUGGUCCUGCUUUUUAGUGUCAUCAAUAGACAAUGGUGAUGAUGAACAAACUGAAAGUUUAGUAACUUUGGUUGUAGCCCCUGUAUCAGAAUGUUUUGCAUCAAUACCACAGUUAACGACAUCUAGAGUAGCAGGUCUUCAAGAUUUCUUCACACACUACAAACCUGACCAAUCACCUACCAAGUCUAUUGGCUCAGAAGCCAGCUCCACAACUCUUUCAUCAUCUGUAAGUGAUGAUCUUGUUAAGGAUUUAAGAGUUCACUCUGCAAUACCGUCAGGUGAGUGUUUUUUUUUUUCCAAACAUCAUAAUUUAAAUUCUGUGUCUAGAUGUCCAGUAGAUGGAAAGCCUUUUUAGAAUACUCCUUUUGUAACAGUCGGAAACUCUUCCACUUGUGACGAUGCAUUUAUUGUGUUACCAAUAUAACUAUUGAGAACUAACCAUAA